AUGGUCACCGCCACAUCCUCCGCCAGCUCGACAGUUGGCUCAGUGUCGACAACGGCACCAGCAACGCGCAGGCAAGCGCUCGCCCGUCUCACACUCAAGGGCAAGCUCUAUCAAAAGGGCACCUCCACAGAUGCGCUACUCAAGCGUGUGCGUCAAGUACGCACGGAACUCAGCGAGAUGGACCAGGAUGCAGUCGAUGUCAACUCUCUCAAGGAUAUCUGCAAGGAGCUCGUCACGCCCGCCCUCAUGCUUCACAAGGACAAGGCCGUCAAGGCACAUGUCGCUUGCUGCCUCGCCGACAUGCUUCGUCUCUUUGCACCCAACGCACCCUUCACUCCUUCCGAGCUGCGCGACAUCUUUCAGUUCUUCCUCCACCAGCUCACUAUGCCGCAAGCCGGCCUUUCAAAACCCAACGGCCCGCAGUACCCAGAAUACUUCUACCUGCUCGACAGUCUAAGCAGCGUCAAGUCUGUUGUGCUCAUCUGCGAUCUCGCCAAUGCUGACGAGCUAAUGACCGACUACUUUAAGGGAUUCCUCGACCUCGCGCGACCCGACAUGUCCAAGAAUGUCGAAAUUUGCAUGGCCGACGUGCUCGUCCAGCUCAUUGACGAAUGCGUAACGCUUCCAUCCGAGGUUCUCGAUCUUCUGCUCGCCAACUUCACCACAAAGGCCGUCAAACACAAUCCAUCAGCACACCGCAUCGCCGUCGAGGUCUGCUCCAACACUAAGGACCGACUGCAGAAGAACGUCGCGCAGUACUUCAACGAGGUCAUCCUCUCUGCCACACACGAAGACGAUCAGGAUGAGCGGCUAGAGAGCCUUCACACGGCUCACUCCCUUAUUGUCCAGAUCAACCGGGUCGUGCCAUCGCUUCUCCUCAAUGUGAUCCCACAGCUCGAAGAGGAGCUGCGUAUCGAGGAUGUUCAGCUUCGUGUCCUCUCCACCAAGGUGCUCGGCCAAAUGUUUGGCGAGAAGCCCUCCUCCACUGCUGGCGAGAGCAGCGACCUGGCACGCAGAUAUGCAUCCACCUGGCGAGCGUGGCUUGGCAGAGCCAAUGACAAGUCGUCCAGCCUCCGCGUGGUCUUUAUCGAGUCCACAAAGCCCAUCCUCGUCAACCAUCCCGAACUGCGUCACGACUUGUCGCCCAUCCUCGAACGAAAGCUCCUCGAGCCUGACGAGCGCGUCCGAGCAGCGACCGCCAAGAUGAUUGGCUCGCUCGACUACGAGACGGCGUUGCACCACAUCGACAAGUCGGUGCUGCUCACCGUCGCCGAUCGAUGCAAGGACAAGAAGACGCUCGUGCGCAAGGAGUCGCUCGAAGCCAUGGGCAAACUCUUCGACAUGGCUUUCUCCGAGAUCGAAAACAACGACCCAGCAGCCAUCCAGCAGUUUGCGUGGAUCCCACAGGAGAUCUUCAAGUGCCUCUACGCUGGCAGCAGCGAGCUGCAAGUGCUUGUGGCUGCCACGGUGGAAAAGUACAUUCUCCCCAUCCCAACCAACCUCGAGGAGGAUGACGUGGCGUCCACCAAUCGCCUCUUGCUAGUGAUGAAGUAUCUCGAACCCGAAGCCACCAGGGGGCUGCUUCGUUUGAGCAACCUCAUCUACGCACGUCCGACGUUGCACGACAAGUUCAUCGACUGCUGCGAGGAGUACAACGGAGGUGAUGUGGCGCCAAACAAAGACUCUUCUGUCGUAAAGACGGCCAUGGCGGAUCGCAUCCGGCGCUGCGCCUCUCUCUUUGCCGACCCGGAACGCGCAAAGACGGAUCUUCACGCUUUCGCCAAGCUCAACGACUCGCGCAUCUACCGCCUCAUCCGCACCUGCUUCGAUCCACAGACCGACCUCAAGACGGCCACAAAAGCGCGGAACGAUGCGUUGCGCCGCGUGGAAAACGCGAAUGCAAGCAUCCUCGACACGCUCACCACCUUUGUACGAAGCGCAUCCUACUUCAUCCUCAACCGAUCCUCGGUGCCUACGCUCAUCAAGAAGGUCUCCUACCAAGGCGCAUCAGCAUCGCAGCGAUCAAAGGCGUCUUCGUCUUCUCAAUCUCAGUCGAGCGAUCUAUCCGAUGCAGAGACGCAUCGGGCCACGGCCAACGAGCUGCUGGAGUUCAUCGCCAAGCGAUGUCCCGCGAUGCUGGCGAUGCAUGUGCCCGAACUUUGCAAAGCGCUUUUUGAGGAGUCGAACGCAAUGCUUACACAAACUUGCUUGCAGGGUCUCGCCUCGGUAGCGCAGUGGAACACGGCCAAGGUGCAGCUGGACAAGAAGGCGGUGGAACGCUUGGCCAAGCUGGUGCUCAAGGGAACGCCGUUGCAGGCCAAAUUCGCGUCCAAGCUGCUUGCGAUCGUCGCCACUGGCGGAGCAAGAGGCGGACGCAAGGCAGUUGGCCAGAAGGCGGGGACACCCGGGGCGUCUGUGUCGAGCAGCGUUGCCUUUGGUGUGCUGGAGGAGGUACUCGACUCGCUUGCCAAGCAGUUGGCUGCUGCCAAGCCCGAGCGACAGGUGGCCACCCUGUACAGCUUGGCGCAACUGUUCAAGCAUGCGCCUGAUGCGUCGGAGAACGUGAGCAGCACCGUGGUGCGCACCAUCCUUUCCGACAUUCUGCUCAAGCCGCUGCCGGCGAGCAAAGCCAAGGCGUAUGCCAACGGCAGCGAGGAUUGGAUCGAGGAUGCAGCCGUUGACAACGAGUUGCAGGCCAAGCUCUUGUCGUUGCAGGUUCUGACUAGACGUUGCGAAGCCUUUGGUGAGACGGACAGCGCCGGCGAUAUGGCCAAGCCGGUCUUCCGACUGCUGUGGGCCGUGGUGGGUGCGGGCGAGGCCAAGGCUCUCAACACGCCCGCCCCGGCCAAAUCGCGCAUGCGUUUGCAGGCCGCCAUCUGCGUGCUCAAGCUUGCGCGCCAUCCUUCGUACGAUGCAUGCAUCGGUCGCGAGUACCUCGAUCUCGCGUUCAUGGUUCAGGACGAGUCAUUCAACGUGCGAUCUCGAAUGCUGCACAAACUGCUUACGUAUCUGCAAGCACGAAGGAUCGACGGUCGAUUCUUGGCGAUGGCGUUUUUGGCAGCGUACGAUCCCGAGGACGAGAACCGCAACAUGGUAGUGAGGUACUGCCAAUCCAACUCUCGCGGUAUGCCCGCGGAGCAACGGUUGAAACACCUCGACGUAUCCUUCCCGCGGUUGCUGCAUCUGCUCGCUCACCAUCCGGACUUCUCGAGGGAGACCAAGGAGGAUCUGCUACAGUUUGUGAGGUACCUCGAAUUCUUCCUCGGCUCUUUGGCCAGCGCAUCCAACGUUUCUCUUUUCUACUACCUCGCAACGAGGGUGAAAGGUGUUCGCGAUGCAGAAAGUCAAGGAGCGAGCGAAAACUUGUAUGCGCUUUCCGAGCUGGCGCAGCUGGUGAUCAAGAAGAGGGCAGCACAGCAGGGUUGGAGCAUAGAGAGCUAUCCGGGCAGGGUGACCUUGCCUGGCGACAUUUUCAAACCCUUGCCGAGUCGAGAGGUCCAGAGGGAGAUCUACGACCGUCAGUUCUUGCCCGGCGACCUGGUCAGGCAGCUGAGCGAGUUCAAGAUCAAGUCCAAGGUGAACGGCGCAGGUGCAGGUGGUGCAGCCAAGUGGUCUGUCAGCAGCAUCUCUGCUGCAGCCAAGAGCGGAACCAAGAGGAAAGGUGCCAAGGCGAAGGGCGGCAAGAGGAAGAAAAAGAGCAAGGACAGUGACGACGACGAGAUGGACGAGCAGAGCAGCGAGUUGAGCGAGGAUGACAACGACGGGAACGAGAGCAGCGACUUGAGCGAGGAAGAGUGA